GGUUGAGUCAGGUUAGAGUCUGUGUUAUAAAAAGCUACACUUCUCACCACCACCAAUGUCUCUCUCUCCUUGAAGUAGACUCUAAGCCACCGUCAGAUCUCAGAUCUCAGAUCUCCGUUCCAAGCCAUGGCCGAGAAGGGCAAGGAAAAGGUAACUAUGAUGAAGUUGAAGGUGGAUCUUGAUUGCGCCAAGUGUUACAAGAAGGUCAAGAAAGUUCUUUGCAAAUUCCCUCAAAUAAGAGACCAAUUGUUCGAUGAAAAGUCCAACGUAGUCAUCAUCAAGGUGGUUUGCUGCAGCCCUGAGAAGAUUAUGGACAAACUCUGUUCCAAAGGCGGUGGCUCAAUCAAGACCAUCGAGAUCAUAGAGCCACCCAAGCCACCUCAGCCUCAGCCACAACCUCCACCUCAGCAAAAGCCCAAAGAUGCUCCUCAACCUCAGCAAAAGCCCAAAGAGCCUGAGAAGCCUAAGGAACCCGAGAAGCCUAAACAGGCUGAAAAGCCCAAAGAACUCGAGAAGCCUAAACAAGUUGAAAAGCCCAAGGAACCCGAGAAGCCUAAAGAACCGGAGAAGCCUAAACCAGCUCCAGCACCAGCUCCAGCUCCGGCUCCAGCCCCGAAGCAGCCGGGACCACCACCACAAAUGGUGCCGAUUAUGCCACAGGGUCAACCCGUAGCGAUGUGUUGUGGGCCUUACUACGAUGGUUUUGGAGGUGGGCCUGCGUUCAAUGGAUAUGGAAUGCCGCCGCCGCAGCCGUACGAGUGCUAUGGCCGACCAGUCUACGAUAGCUGGGGAGGUGGGCCACCACCUAGCUACCGACAAUGCCACCUCACCAGAUGCGAUUACUUCAGCGAAGAAAAUCCACAGAGUUGCUCCAUCAUGUGAUGACUCGUCUCUCCCACUUUCUCUCUUCUUUGAAAUCCCUGAUUUUUCUUCAAAUCUUUUUCUUUUAUACAAAUAAUCAAGAAGAUAUAUAGACAUGUUUACGUGUAAUUCUGUAAUAGGAGAAACAAAUAAGGAAGGAAGGAUCGUUGUAUUUUGUAUAUGGUAGCCAUUUCCAUUUGGUUGUCCAUUUUGAAGCUGUAACUGUAAACAUUAAAGGAAAAUUGUUUCAUUUUCUCAAA